AUGACGCUUCCGGAUUUGGAUAUGGAUAUCGACCUGAUGGGUGCCCAGCCCGCUCUGUUCAAGCUUUAUACCCAACUUGCCUUGUUCUUUCCGCUGUCGGAGGGGCUGGUACCAGCGUCACGGGAUGGGAUUACUGCGAUCAUCACCACCGGAUUGGCAGAGCUAGCAAAGACUUUCCCGUGGGUUGCUGGUCAGGUCGUCAACGUCCACGCAAAUUCUCAUCACUCCGAUUCCGAAUCCAAGGCCGCGCCCCUUUACAGGAUCCGGCCGUACGAACCGGUGCCGCAAUGUAUCGUACGAGAUUAUACUUCCGAUGCGGAGAUACCCAGCGCGUCGCAGAUCAUAGAUGCGGGUUUCCCGAUGAAGAUGUUGGGUGAGCGGGUUUGGGCGCCGUGUCCUACGCUCGCUGCUUUGGGGUUUGAUCCGAGGGAAGCGUCUGGGAAGGAUGAUCGACCUGCUCCGGUGAUGCUUGUGCAGAUCAGUUAUAUCCGUGGUGGUAUGGUGCUUUGUGUUAAUUUGCAACAUAAUGUGUGCGAUAUGAUGGGACAGGCGGCUGUGAUAGGCUGGUUGUCCAAGGCAUGUCGAGGUGAGGAGUUCACUGAAGAGGAGCUCAAGGUAGGUAAUAUGGUAAGAACGGGUGUUGUACCGCUUAUCGAGGAUGAGGGCUGGGACCCUGGAAUGGAACUGCAGAACCAGCUUUUUCCUCCAGCUCCCACGGUUGUCAAAGAGCUAGAUACCGCCGAGUCAACGGUUACUGGAGCACCUGUCAACUGCAGCUGGAUGUACUUCGACUUCUCAGCAUCGUCCUUAAAGUCACUAAAGCACCUCGCAACAACCACACUUCCCCAAGACUCCACCAGCUUCAUAUCAACCGACGACGCCCUCUCCGCUUUCAUCUUCCUCUCCGUUCUACGCGCAAGACAAACACGCCUACCCCCUAACAUAUCAACGACCUUCGCACGAGCUGUGGAUGCCAGACGCUACCUAAACAUCCACCCCGACUACCCCGGCAUACUCCAAAACAUGACAUACACCACCUACACACUAUCCACCCUCCUCUCCACUCCUCUCGGCCACAUCGCCGCCACCAUGCGCCAAUCCAUCGACCCCAAAACCUCAGACCUCGCACGGCGAACACGCUCUCUCGCCACGUUCCUCGCCCAAUCACCAGCCAAUGCAGCGAAAACUAGUCCGACAGCUACCCUCGAUAUGAGCGUGGAUAUUGCGCUUAGCUCGUGGACCAAAGUACCGGCUUAUGAGUGGGAUUUUGGACUCGGGCUGGGUCCUGCGGUUGCUGUCCGCAGACCGGGCUUUGUGCCUGUAGAGGGACUGAUGUAUUUGAUGCCGAAGAGUAGGGAUGGGAGUGUGGCUGUUGCGAUGUGUUUGCGAGAGGAGGAUUUAGAAUGUCUGAGGCGGGAUGGGGAGUGGGUGAGGGUGGCUAGGUGUAUUGGUUGA